AUGCCUCCACACGACGACGACGGCGCCCGCGUCCCGCCGCCCCGGCCUAGCCGGGGCCACCAGCCGUCCUUCUCCGCGGCGCUCCUCGACGCCAUCUACCACUCCCUCGAGGCCGACGGCGAGGCGCGCUUGUCCACGGAGGCGCGCCGGACCCGGACGCCGGCGUCGUCGUCGUCCCCGGCGCGGCGGACGCCGCUUCCGAGCCGACGUCGCCCGACGCCCGAGCAGUCGCCGUCCCGUUCCUCGGUCCGGUCACCGCGGCUGCAGAAGACGCCGCGGCCGUGCCGCGUCCGUCCAGACCCGCAGCCCAUCCUCCUGCCGCCUCCGCUCCCUCCGCCACACCCACAAGAGUCGUCGACCGGGGACCGCCGGGCUGCGGACGCGGAGAAGAAGAGGGGCCGCAGGAAGAAGAGCAAGGGGACGGCGAAGGCGGCACCGUUCGCGUGCCUCCUGAACGCUCUCCUCUGCAACAGGAGGCCGGCCAGGGCCAGGUCGGUCGACCACACGCCGCGGGCAACGGCCGCGGCGUCGGAGCCGGCGUCGGCGAGGUCGAUCCUCUCGUCGCGCGCCUCCCGGAUGGAGUCCGCGGCGGCGGGAGGGAUCCUGACCCCGGCGAGGCGGGCGGUGCGGUUCUCGCCCGUAGCGACGGUGGUGGGCGACGACCACGGGCACUUGACGGCGCCGACGGGGCUGCGGGACACGGGGGCGGAGAUGGCGCGGGCCAACAAGGAGUCCGCGGCGGAGGCGGAGAGGAAGGUGGAGGAGCUGCUGCGCGCGCUAGGCGUGGCGGACGAGCGGGACAGGGCCAAGGAGAGCAGCGAGUCCAGCUCCGACCUGUUUGAGCUCGAGAGCCUCCCGGCGUUUGAAGACAGAGACACCGAGAUGCGGCGUUCCAGAACUGCCGCCGGCGACGGCGCCGGGCUGCUGGCACGGCCGCGUCCCCGCGUAGCUGUGUAA